AUUCGCGCCUCUUGCUCUCAACAGUCAUGUUGGUCGACAAUCCAGUAUCUUCCUUCGCCUUUUCUCCCACAGACCUUUCUGAAUAUCUCCAUGCCGACCUAUUCACGCCCAGUAUACCCUCCUCCUCGUCAGCGGGGUCCUCCUCGUCUCGAGCUUCGUCACCCCAAUCCCCGUUUCAGUCCCUCUUGACUCCACCGCAGUCCUCGCUUCCGACUUCAUUUCCUGAUGUAUAUGACUCUCCCAACUCUAAUAAUUUCUUCAACUUUCUUGAAGAUGAACUCAAGCUCGUCGAGCCGUUUCCAACGUCCUCGGCUCCGUACGACUUUGUCGGCGCGCUCAGUACCAGCUCUACGCCUGACAUGCAAGCCACAUUUGCCAUCGAUCCCCAACUCAUGACAACAUCAUCUAGUAAAACGGAAGAAACAGAUGAAGAGGAACUGUCAAAUCGAGAUGCAAUGUCCGUUACCAUUGCACCCAUUAAAGUUGGUGGUCAUGGCAAGGCCCGCAAGGGCACCGUGCAAAGUGGCGGCAUCGUAAAGAAGUCUCCCUCAAUGCAUCCGCCGGCCACAGUUUCCAAAGCUGUCAGCUCUACAUCCUCUAAGGAGAAUGAUAACAUGGACGAUGACGACUUUCUUGCUGAUUGGCGGCCACCUCCAGAGGUCUACGCCAAGAUGUCCAGUAAAGAGAAGCGUCAGCUUCGUAACAAGAUUAGUGCCAGGAACUUCCGCGUUCGAAGAAAGGAAUACAUUUCUACUCUCGAACUUGAUAUUGCAGAGCGAGACAGGCUUCUCCAAGCGAUUCGGACGGAGUUAGGGUCCUCGCAGUCGGAAAAUCAUGCUCUUCGUCAAGAGAUAACUGCAUUGAAGAAGGCUCUUCUCGAAGGCCGAGCCACAUCUGAGCUCACAGUUGACGACAUUCCCGUCCUCAACCUUCCUCCUCCUGGUCCGAUUCCUCAACCAGCUACUCCUCCCACCUCGUUUCCUUCACUCAUCACACCGAACACCCAGAAAGAUCUCGCGUCGUCGCACUCAGGUGGCUUUUGGGGUGGUGUAUCUCGAAUGGGUGGAGGCGUUACACCUGUACAUACAGUGCUCAUUCCUGAGGUGGCUUGUGGUAGGUUGCAAGAGAAUAUCAACCCUACUCUCAACGGAAAGGAUAAACCCAGGACUCCAGCUUUCGGAAUGCUUAGUGGCUUUGAUGGUUUCGCCGACGGCCAUUUGUUUACGUUGAAAAGUCUUGAUUCAUAUCGCAUGCAACUAUGGACCAAAAUGGCAUCUCAGCAAGCACCGCACCCGACGUCUUCCCCUAUCUCAGUGCCCUCGUCGCCACCUACGCCAAAUCCUCUCUUUUCCCCUUCUCCGUUCACAAAUCCUUCACUUCCUUAUCUCACAGGCUCUCCAUACUCUAAUUCCACAUCUCUUCAUGGACUUGCGUCGUCUCUGGGACCCAAAUUCUUCCAAGCGUCGAACAAGGCCCACUUGCCCCCGGCACAGGACAGGUCGCCGCUCCCAAUGCUGGGAACUACGUUGAGCACACUUCUGGCUGGAAAAUAUCACCCUUCCAGCCCUUCUUCUACCAGAUUACUGUCGGUCAUAGCCAAAGAUCAACAGAGAGAAAAGGAACAGCAGCAGCAGGCCAUGAUUGCUGCUUUGGCCGGUCAAACCUUGUUGAAACGCUUGGGCAGUGCGUUCUGGGACGCCUUCGCUGGUGGAGGUGGAUCUUCACCAGGCAAUGCUUCGUCGUCAGUUAGGAUUGAUACCGAUAAGGUCAGGAGGGUCUUGGAAGGCAAAGCCGUCGUGAAGGUUGUUGAUAUUGAGGAGCCGAAUGCACCUCGGAAAGAAGUGGGAGGAAUGAGGAGAAGGACAGAACCCAAGAGUGAACCAAAGGAUGUGUGCUUGCUGUUGGAGGAGAGUAUGAGGAAUCUGACUCUCGGAAAGAAGUAAUGUGUAGCAAAUUUGUCGUCUAGAAUAGUACCUCCAUUCCCAUCUCAACCUCUUUCUUUCGUUUGUUGAUUUAUUACAUUUUAUCUAAUUCGGUAGGUGAAGUCUUCUGUCCACUGUAACGUAGUCUCAUGUCAUUAUAGUUAGUCUUAAAGAUGGUUUUAUAGCAAACAUAAAUUUGGCAUCUACUUAGUCCGUACUGCUCAUGCCGUGCGUUGGUUGAGGGCACC